UUAGUUAAGUCAUCGAUUAGUCUUUCUAAAGAUUUGAAAGCAACACGAUUAAUCGGAUGUGACGCGAUAGACUUACGGAAGGGGCUGAGUCCAACAUGGCGUCGUUGGCGUCCUUGAUGCUGAAGUCCCGAGCCGGUCUGCUGUCACCUCAUCAGUCCGGUCUGCUGGGCUCCAUCAGGUUUGCAUCAAAGAAGUCAGGCGGCAGCGCCAAGAACCACGGUGGAAAUAGUCCUGGUCGUAGAUAUGGCUACAAGAAACAGGAUGGAAACUUCGUCCAUGCUGGGAACAUUCUAGCAACACAGAGAUUUUUAAGGUAUCAUCCAGGAGCCCAUGUGGGGGUGGGAAACAAUAACACCCUGUACGCUCUGGAGGACGGAGAAGUCCGGUUCACUAAGGAGAUCUACGUCCCACCUCCUCGCAGCUCAGAGGCUUCAACUGUGAUCACCCGACUUCCCAAAGGAACUCUGCUCUACAAGACCUUCAUCAACGUGCUGCCGGUGAAGCAGGGGGGCAAGUUCAGUCUGGUGGACAUGGUCUGAAGGAAACACUGGGCUGGGUUUCUGGUUCCUGCUGGAGUCUUGAUGGGAAUGUGAACAGGAAAGGCAUGCUGGGCGACCUGAGGAGCUGACACUGUCACUUAUGUUUGUUUAUUUUUUUGUACUGAUCUUCUGUAAAAUACAGUGUUGUAUUAAAUAAAUAAGAAACUGCAGAUUUGAACAUAAACUUUCACCAAAUGUCUUCUGAGAUGCUCAGAUUAUUACCUUCACACAAGUCAAAAAAUCAAAAUAAAUUAUGAUCCUGUUUUAAAAAAAA